AGAUAUACGCUUUUAUCGCGGUGGAAUAGAAAGUAAAGAAGACCCUAGAAAAUAUCGUAAAUUUUUAACAGAUCGGGAGAGGCUGGUCGGUGGAGAGUUAUCACGUCGUGGUAUACUAAAAAGUGGUUUAAGUACUGAAUGGCUCGAUAAUCUUAUGGAAGAAUGGGAAGGAAUUCAUGCUCAAUUCGUACAAAUUUUUAGCCAGACAUAG